UCCCCACCUCUCCUUCCUUGUUUCCCAAGUAGUACUCUGCCGCAGCAUUAUAUUUACUAAAACACCACCAGAUCCAAAACACCACAAAACCCCUUCUCCUCCUCCCCCCCCACUCCCCCUCUCUCUCACACACAUCGUCUUCGAGAUGUUCCUCACGAGGACCGAGUACGACCGAGGGGUCAACACCUUCUCCCCCGAGGGGCGUCUUUUCCAGGUCGAGUACGCGAUUGAGGCCAUCAAGUUGGGUUCUACUGCGAUCGGAUUGAAGACGAAAGAGGGCGUCGUGCUCGCCGUCGAGAAGCGUGUUACUUCUCCCUUGCUGGAACCAAGCAGCGUUGAAAAAAUCAUGGAGAUUGAUGAGCACAUAGGUUGCGCGAUGAGUGGACUGAUUGCUGAUGCACGGACUCUUGUUGAACAUGCCCGUGUUGAAACUCAGAAUCACAGGUUUUCAUAUGGUGAACCAAUGACUGUUGAGUCAACUACACAAGCUCUUUGUGAUCUCGCUCUCAGGUUUGGCGAAGGAGAUGAAGAGUCCAUGUCACGACCUUUUGGAGUAUCUCUUCUCAUUGCUGGUCAUGAUGAAAAUGGUCCCAGCUUGUAUUACACGGACCCAUCUGGCACGUUUUGGCAAUGCAAUGCAAAAGCAAUUGGGUCAGGUUCUGAAGGUGCCGAUAGCUCACUCCAGGAGCAGUACAACAAGGACUUGACCCUUCAGGAGGCUGAAACAAUUGCUCUUUCUAUUCUAAAGCAAGUGAUGGAGGAAAAGGUGACCCCAAACAACGUUGAUAUUGCGAAGGUCGCUCCGACUUAUCAUCUCUACUCCCCGUCGGAGGUCGAGGCCGUCAUUGCCCGACUUUGAUCAUGUUGUCUUUCUAAUCUCUUUCGUCUCCUUUCCUCCUCUUUUUUAUAAUCCAUUUCCAUAGACCUUACUUGGUGUGAAACAUUUAAUCCGCACGGCUAUGUGGUGGAAGUGGAAUCAAUCUUGUUACUCUUGAAAACUUCCAAUACACAAUGGGCUCAGACAUGCAAUUUCCUGAUUACUAUUGUGUGUAUGUUAUAUGAAGACCUUGUGAUGGAUUUUUUGACA